UGAAACGGUGCUUCCUCCUCCCUCCCUCCCUCCCUCAGCUGCUCGGUGUCUCGGCGGAGGCUCACCGUGAACACCGACAUGAGCUCCCUCCAGUUCAACAGCCUGCUGCUGGACAUCUCCAACCAGCUGACGGAGAAGCAGCUGGAGGACUUGAAGUUCCUGUGCGGGGACAUGCUGGGGAAGCGGGAGCUGGAGAAGAUAUCCAGCGGGGUCCGACUCUUCCUGCUGCUGACCGAGAGAAGGAAGCUCGGAGCGGACAACACCGACUGCCUGAGCCGCUUCCUCACACAAAUCCAGCGGCAAGACCUGGCGGAGAGGUUGGAGAGCUUCGAAAGCUUCGAGAGUCAGGCCGAAGCGAGCGACGACCUGCCGGACAAAGAGGAGAGAGAUAAACUGGGCAUCGCCACAGAGGUGAUCGUGGAGAAUCUGGGAAGGAAUUGGCGUAAACUGGGCCGCAGACUGGGCCUGACGGAGGUGAAGAUAGACUCCGUCUCCAAGAGGCAUCCCACAGAUCUGGAGGAAACAACCAGGGAGCUGCUGAAGGAGUGGAGGAGGAGUCGGGGGGCCCAGGCCCGGACCCAGGAGCUGAUCCAGGCCCUGAGAACCUGCAUGCUGAACCGCACCGCCGACCAGGUGGAGGACAGCCUGCCCUCCUGUUGAGGAUCCACACAACAGUCUGACAGAACUGUGAGGGCUGUGAUUAAACUACAAGAAACAAUAUCAAGAGAAUGAUACGCAAAUAUAUAAAACUAUGCAAAAUAAAUUAUACAUAUAAAUCAACUAAAUGAAUGUCAAUGGUUCAUGUUUUUUAUCAGAUAAAAACGAAGAACAAAACUUUCAUUAAGAAGAACCUUUGGAAAACUAAAAUACUCAGGACUUUAAAAUGAAACAAAUACUUAGUAGGUCAAAUCCAAAAUAUACACAAGAUAAAAUCAUUGGGACGAUCUCCACAAAUGCCAUCAGUUUAUGGUUUUAAGGAGCAUUCUCCUAUGAUGAUGAACCUGUUUCAGUAGCCCCUUGUUAAAUUGUGCACUGAAAAGUAGACGAAAGGGAAAUGGUGCUACGAGUGCACGUUUAGUACUGACUUCAAUACAGAGGUGCAGUGAUGACGUAUUUUAGUAGGCCGACCGGGAAAUAAGCAUGUCUUUAUUUAGAUUAUUGCAGAAAAUAAGUUCUGUGGCAAACACACAUUUAUGAUACUUACACAUUUUGUUCAGCAGGAUAAUGCCCACAUAAAAACAACACUGUUAUUAUAGUUGAAGCGUAAAUUCAAUAGCCAGAAGUAAAAAGCUAACGUUAGGCAAUAAAUGAACGACAUCACAGUUCAGUCACCAGCGCUAUCAGAACGCAGUACUGUGUGCCGUAUCAUCACAUAGAAGUGUUGAUGAAUGAGCCUCCAGACAUGUGACUUCAGAUGAUGUUAUUAUGAGGAGCGGUCAGGCAUUUGGGGAACUUUUGUUAAAAGGUUUUUAUCAUUGUUGGGUAACAACAAUGUAAUGGUGUUAUGUCAUUUAUUUACAAAAUAAAUGUUGUAAUUUGUUAUCUAAGUUACUGAAACCGUUAAUAAAUUACAGUUGAUAAUCAAAAUGUUGGUGAUUACAAGGGGUUACAUUUGAGUGUAUUCUUUUUGGUAAAGAUGCAUUACUUUUUUUUUUGUCACAUUUUUCCACACAAGUAAAGCCUUUAAGACUU